AUGAUCUUUCAUAGCUUAAUCUUUCUAUUACUUGUGUUAAUAGUACCUAGUAAUAGUCUUACAUGCUAUGAAUGUGGAUGUAGUAACACUGAUAUAUCUGAAUGUAAUUGUGGUGAGACAAGCACCGAGGUGGAUGGUGAUUAUUGUGUCAUCGUUGAAGAUAGAUAUAUUGAUGAAACGUAUAUUGAAUUAACUCGAGUUUCUCGUAACACAACUUGGGUAUACGUUGAAGAUCCUUACUACAUUGUUUUGCUAGAAUCUAUUCGAUUCAAUCAAACCGCGAAUGACUCGUAUUUAUGGACGAGUGGUGUUAUAUUUGGAUGCGAUUGGGACCUUUGUAAUUCUCCAGAUUUGAUCAACCGGUUGCCUGCUUCAUUUAACUUAUCUAUUGAUAAAGAUUGGCUAUAUACGAAUAUUUAUGGUACAGGUUCUGUUACUCAGUGCCAUCAUUGUCCAUUCGAAAUGUGUGGUGAUUCAGGAAAUCCAAUUGACUUCACCCAAUGUCCAAUGACAACUUGUAACAAUGCGACUACGUGUUUAGCUUACGAUUUAUGGGAUGAUCUUGAUACAGGUGAACAAUGUUAUCAAUCACAAUGUGCACCAGCAUAUUUAGAUAACGAUUUAACGGGAUUUUUUGGUGGUAAAUAUAGAAUUGAUGUCGAAGCCAUUGUUUAUUUAGCACAAGAUCGUUCAAAAUAUUACAUCUGGGAGAUGGAUGUAUAUUGUGGUGCUUAUAACUGCACUCGACCUACUAUUUUUUCAGAGAUAGCAGAUAGACUUAGCUAUACAAUUAGUGAUCUAUCUAUUUAUCCACUUGUUCGACCUACAACAACUCAACCACCACCAACUACAACUACACCAAUAGCAAAUCCUCUUAGAUGCUAUAGUUGUGAAUGUAUUGGUAUAUUAGGAUGUCCAUGUACAUCAACUGAAGUCGUGUCAUUGGAUGAUACCUAUUGUAUUAUCGCACGAGAAAAUCGUGGUCAAGAUAUUUCAUUUAACUUUACUUAUCUCGAUUAUUAUGCAAGUUAUAACUAUAUUCUUCAAGCUCCAUUUGUUGUUGUCGAAGAAACGAUUGGCUAUGAUGACAGACGUGAUCGUUGGAUUACUACAACAAAUUUAGUUCUUUAUGGAUGCAAUUGGAAUUUAUGUAAUAAACCCGAACUUAUACCACUUUUACCAAAUACUUUUCAAAUGCGUCUUCCAGAAUCAUGGUUAAAUACAAAUAUUCGAGGUACUGGACGACCAGUACGUGAUUGUCAUGAAUGUCCAGAUGCUCCUCAAUGUGGUACAACUGAUUUUCUUGAUUCUAGUCGAUGUCCAAUUCAUUCAUGUAAUACUACUUGUCGUGUUUCAGAUACAUUUAAUGAUCCAGCUUUGGAGCUUUUAUGUUAUCAAUCAUUUUGUAUGUCAUCUAGUGAUGAUCAAAAUGAUAUUAAUCAUCAUCGUGUUGAAAUCGAAGGUCUUGUUUAUGCUAAUCAACCUAAUAAUGUGAAAAUAUGGGAAAUCGAUCUUUAUUGUCGUGCUGAUGAUUGUUCAAGUCCUGAAAUAUUCAAAGAACUUCGUGAACAAAUAAAUAUACAGAUAGGUACUCUUGCUGCUUUGUUCAGUGAAACACAUGAUCCAACAGUACCACAACGACGAUGUUAUGAUUGCAGUUGCAAUAAUCAACCUACUUGUCCCUGCGAUCGAACUACAAUCCUGAAUGCAAAUUCAACUUAUUGCUUAAUUAUGCGCGAAGACUAUGGUCAAGAGCACUGGAUCACUAUGGGACAUAUUAGUCCAGAUUCAACUACUGUUCAUGUUCGAGAUCUUCCUUAUAUACUUCUCGAAGAAUCAAUAUUUUACAAUGAAAACAGAGGACGAUGGGAUACUGUGACUAACAUGGCUGCUUAUGGAUGUGAUUGGGAUUUAUGUAAUCAUCCUAGUCUUUUAAAUUCUCUUCCAAAUACAUUCGACAUGCGUCUUCCAGAAUCAUGGCUGAAUACAAAUAUUCGAGGUAGUGGACAACCCGUACGUGAUUGUCAUGAAUGUCCAGAUGCUCCCCAAUGCGGUACAAGUGAUUUUCUUGAUGCUAGUCGAUGUCCAAUUCGUUCAUGCAACACGACUUGUUAUGUUUUGGAUACAUUUGAUGAUCCGGCAACUGAUGAACUAUGUUAUCAGUCAUACUGUGCACGCCCAGGUGACGAAGAUUAUGACGCCGAAAUAUAUCAAGUAGAUAUCGAGGGUAUAUUGUAUCUUUAUAAGCAACCACGUGAUGUUGAGUUAUGGGAAGUUGAUAUUUAUUGUCGUGCUGAUGAUUGCUCUCGACCAGAAAUAUUUAAAGAACUGAAAUCCCAAUUAAGUUUUACAGUAGGCGAUUUAAGUGCAUUUGAUGAAGUAUUGUCCACGACUGCACGGCCCACUAUGACGCAGCCAGUGACUACCAAUCCGCCAACGGCUACAAAUCCACCAGCGACUACAAAUCCACCAACGGCUACAAAUCCGCCAACGGCUACAAAUCCGCCAACGACUACAAAUUCACCAGGGACUGACUCAACAGCUUCAAAUGCGUCAAUCUUCAGUAGAAUAAAUUUUCUUAAUUUGCUGCUAAUAUCGAUUCUUCUAUUCAAUUUUCAUUGA